CCCCGGUUUCGCCAAACCACCCAGCGCCCCCAUCUAAACCGCCCAUCUCGCCUCCUCGCCUUGCUUCCUGCGCACCAUUCGAGUCGAGAGCCACGUGAUCUUUCUUCCUCCACACGCCGCCGCCGUCGCCGUCGACAUUGCUGCGCUGCGAGCGAGGGGGACCAGGAAGGAGCGGCGGCGGAGAUGGGGCGCGGGCCGGUGCAGCUGCGGCGGAUCGAGAACAAGAUCAACCGGCAGGUGACCUUCUCCAAGCGCCGGAACGGGCUGCUGAAGAAGGCGCACGAGAUCUCCGUGCUCUGCGACGCCGAGGUCGCUCUCAUCGUCUUCUCCACCAAGGGAAAGCUGUACGAGUACUCCAGCCAUACCAGUAUGGAAGACAUUCUUGAGCGAUAUCAGCGUUACUCAUAUGAAGAAAGAGCAGUACUGGAUCCAAAUAUUGAAGACCAGGAAAAUUGGGGGGAUGAAUAUCGCAGAUUAAAAUCAAAACUUGAUGCACUUCAAAAGAGUCAAAGGCAACUGUUAGGAGAACAGUUGGAUUCACUAAACAUGAAAGAACUCCAAAAAUUGGAACACCAACUGGACAGUUCUUUGAAUCAUAUAAGAUCAAGAAAGAAUCAGCUCAUGUUUGAUUCAAUUUCUGAGCUUCAGAAGAAGGAGAAAUCACUUAAAGAUCAAAAUGGUGUGCUGCAAAAGCUCAUGGAGGCCGAGAAGGAGAAAAACAAUACACAUCUCUGGGAGCAGCAAAGUAGAGCAACAACAACCUCACCGUCACCAGCACCAGCAACAGUUCCAGAUUUCAUGAUAACUCUUAAUAUUGGAUCGCGGGUCCGGUUCGCCGCUGAGACGCCGCCAAGAGAGGAGGACGGAGCGCCCACCGUUGCCUCUUAUCGUCACUUCCAUCACCUCUUUCCGUCGCCCGCGGCCGCUCACCGAUGUACUAUGCGGAAAAGUGGAGGAGGAAAAGAAGAUGCUGCUGGUGAGAAUCCAUGGAGUUCUACCAUGGGGAUGAUUCAUUGCUGGAGAGAGAGGGAGAGAGAGAAGGGGGUGGAGGGGAGAGAGAUUUGAUUUUGGACUUGGAUUUGGUCUCGAACGACCUAAGCAAAGUGGGGAAAGCUUAUUAGCGAGUUCGGAUGGAUCUCUACCCGGUGUCACUGUAGGAAGCGGUGGUAGGAUGUCGGUGGCUUCGAGCGGAGAGCGAGGUGGAGGCGGGUGCGUCGUGCUUUGGUGGUGCAUGCAGGUGAAGGGGUAGCUAGGGUUCCGUGAUGAUGCUAGCGGUGUGCACUGUGUAGGUGACCCGAGUUGGGUCAGUCAUGCACCGAGGCCCAUAAGGCUCCGGCCUGCAGGUCGAGAAGUCUUCGCAAAUAGGCAGGGACUACUGAGCCUUGAAUGUGAUAAGUGUGGCAUGGAUCAAAUAUAUUUUCUUUUGUUAUUUUUUAGCUAAUAUAUACAUGUACUGGUUAACAUAUGCAUUUAUAGCAUAUGCAUUUAGUCUUUACAAUAAGGCAUGGACCUGUGUCAUCGACCUGGAUGAAUCGGAGUCACGUUCCAUAUCGUUAAUUUGUUGUCCCGAAGAGGUAUACCCUCCUUCGUACCAUAUUUUUGUUAGAUGUCGAUCAAUGAUCCCGUUUCUUCACCCUAUCGAUCUGAAUUUCUGGUGACUAUGGUUAAAAGUACACAUGUCUGAAAAGCAACUUCUGAAUUCUAAACGUUUCAUGGCAUUUGCGACUUGUUUACUUGUUUCACCUUGCUAGCUAAACCUGUCAUGACAUUUGCGACUGGACCUGCACUUGACAUUAUGAGUUAUCCAGCACAAUUACUCUAUUAUAUUACUCAUCGUCUGCUGGCCAUGUCA